AAGACACCUGCAAGCACCACAGGAAAAGAUGAGCGCUAACAGAUUUCCCAUGGAGGUGAAAGGACUCGGUUUGCUGAAGCAUGGAAAUCAAAAGAUCUAUAUGCUCUCUGUGUCCUGGUCAGAUCACAAUAAUAUCCUCAUCUACAGGACAUUCGAAGAGUUUAAGAAACUCCACAAAGAACUGAAGAAAAAAUUCCCCAUCGAAAGCGGCCUCCUGAAAAAAUCUGACCGCACCAUCCCAAAGUUUCAAGCUGCACAUUUGAGGCUCAGGAAGGACAGAAAUCUGGGCAGAAGCAUGGGCAGACUGAGACUGCUCGAGGUGUACUGCACGGAAGUCCUGAAAGCAAAGGCCAAAAUCUCCCAGGGGGAAGACGUGACCCGUUUCUUUGAAGCACAGAGUCGAGACCUGGACCCUUCUUUUCCAGAAAACAGCAUCAUAAUCUUGCCUUCUGAAAUGGGAGAGAGAAAAGAGGAGACACCCAAGACAUCCAACCCAACGAUCACGCAGCCGGUUAUCUCCCAGAGCUACAGAUGCAUUGAAGCCUUUGAAACCAAAGACACAAAGAACAGGCCCUUUCAAGUCUCCAAGGGGGAAAUGCUCGAAGUGCUCAUGAAGGACGGCACAGGAUGGUGGCUCGUGGAAAAUGACAAGAAGCAAAUUGCCUGGUUCCCAGCUCCAUACCUGGAGGAGACCGAGCAGACAUCGAUUGCCAGAGAAGCCAACGAGGAAGAGCUGCUGUAUUACAUCACUCGCUCCUACAAAGCAAAGAAUCAGGAUGAACACUCUGUCAACAUCGGGGUCGUCGUGGAAGUGCUGGAGAAAUCGGACAACGGCUGGUGGCUUGUCUGGUAUAACGGAAGCGCUGGGUACAUCCCCUCCAUGUUCCUCCGGCCGUACAAAAACCCACACAGUAAAUUCCUUACUCUGGCCAGCAGCAGCCUGUGCAUCUCCACUCCAAACCUCUCCGAAGUCACCACCCUCUCCCGAAGGAAAACCUCCGACCAGCAGAAAGGCAGCCACCUGGAUGCAACUCAGUCUCACUUGACCAACGACAUGGAGGGAGGGGAAGACAGUCCUCUCAGCCGAAUGAGGUCUCGGUCUCUCAGUGGGGCCGCAGCCACCGCAGGCGCUGCUGCUUCGGCCUUUGACCGCGACAACUUGUCUGAUAGCUCGGGAAACGUGAGUGAGCAGGGAUUGUAUUGGUCCCAGAAGACGGAGGCCCAGAGCUUGGGGAACAUCCCCCGACCUGCCGCAGGGGCCCAAGACAGACCUCUUCUUGACAGCAAGCAGCGCAGCGACUCCGGCUUUGGAGAGGACCCGUUUGUCUGUGCAGAUAAUUCGCUCUGUUCUGAUUCUGAGUGUGUGCCUGAUGGCCCAAGGGUGCCCCCACGACCCUCGGCCCAAGAAAUCCUCCAGAAGUGCAGCACUGUGACCAGAAGGGCCAUGCAGGGGGCACGGCCCAGACCCACUCUGCCUGCUUGCUCUCAGAGUCACCAGUGACUCACAUUCUACGUCAAACUUGGCUCAAGCCACGAGUAGAGAAAAGGGCAACCAGUGGUCCACGAACCACAUUUCCAGGACAAGGAUCCAUGAAGGAGGCCCGUGCAAGGUGAAAAGAUGCUGGAGAAACCCGUUGCCUGGUCUUCCUUCCUUCCCUCCUUCCUAACCAAUGUUUUUAUGCUUUGUUAUGUAUUUAACCUAUGUCUUAGGUACCUUGACUCUGUUUUUAUCUCCUUUUAAAAUUGGUUUAAUGAUUAUGUGUCCUGACCUGGAAAGUCAAGGCGAGCUUGAUCUUGUAAGUUAAGAUGAGUUUGGAUUCAUACCACCAUCAGCAGACCUUCUGUCCCAUAAGGAGACUCAAAGCAGCCGACAAACUCAUUUCCGUUCCUCUCCCCACAACAGAUACAUUUUGAGG